UCACGAAAAUCACCCGUAAUCUCAGCAUUAUUAAUGCUAAGGAGUAUGGGGCGGGGGUGGGGGCGGGUGAGUAGAAAAGGGGAUUGAAGGAGAGAGGGAGGCGGGAAGAAGGGAGGGGGAGGGAGGAGUGGAUUUAUUUUAAGGCUCAAGGUCAUACUGUAAAGCCGCGCUUCCGGAAAGUGUGGUUCAAAGACCACCGGUAUUGUAAUCCUCACGGUGCUGUUAGAAACGCAGCAUCUCUCAGGUUGCAGAAUCAGACGCUGGAGAACGAUCCUGGGAAGCUGCAUGUUUAAUAAACAUUCCAAGCCAUUCUUCCGGCCACAGAAGACCAAGGGCUACUGCUGUUUCGCUUUCAGUGGCUUAGGAGGGUUCUCACGUAUGGAUGGAGGUAUUAAAAUGCAUGGAAGCAGCUGCUGGAUAUUAACCAGCUGCCCUUGGGAACCUGAGCACAUAUUUCCAUCUUGCCCCGGCUGGCUGGGAGCCAGCGGCACAAACACCAGAGCUGCUGUGUCAUCGUACACCAUGCCCGGCCCCCACACAGCAGCCCACCCCCCGACCCCUUUCUCCUUCCAUAGCUCUGAACCAACCUACGAACUGGGCCCUGCCAGCCAAUGACAGCCCGAAUAACCUAUGAUGUCAUCAGCAGCCAAUCAGAGCUCCUCGGGCGUAUAUGCUGAAUUCGGUCAUCUUACUGGAGUGCUGGGGUUCUAAAGCAACAGCUUUCUUUUCAGAGAGGGACGCUGAGGCCUAGAGAGGAGCAGAGGCCCACCCAGGGUCACCACACCAGGUGGCAGAACCAGGACUAGAAGCCGGGACUUCUGACGGUGGUCCAGCGUUCCUAGGGGUUCCUACAGUGCCGCCAAAGCCCACAGGGCCCAGGCAGACGCCGCCCUCUCUGGAUGGCUCCUGGAAUGGGAGAUGAGGCCCAAAGCUUCACCCCUUCUCCCCGCAGCUCUUGCUGCAAGAUCUCGGGGGUCAGAUACAGAUACCCCGCCCCCCGACACACUCCUUGGCCCCAUCUCUGGAGUUUAGGACCCAGAGGAAAUGGCAGGAUGGCCCUGAGAGUUGCCCCCAAUUCCAGCUCUGGUCUCAGCUCGGCCCCGCUCCCCCCAGGAAGGAAUUAGAGGGCCCCGGCUGGACUCGCCUCCCUGCUGCUUACGAGCAGAUUAUGAGGAGGGGCCAAGACAAGCUCUCCUUUGUGGAGGCCCUGGCUUAGGGAGUCAAGUGACUGCUUAGCAUACACGUGGGCAGUGCCAGCCCCUAAGAGUGAGCAGGGGCACUGGCCACAGGACCCCAGAGAGUCCCACAGGGUCUGUGGCCAGACUUUUUGUGGGAUCGCCUGACCGGCCUGGAGCCCCAUCUGUGAGUAGGGUUGAGCCAGCAGGCUGGGCUGGGAGCGCUGAGGGCCUUUAGGGUGGAUGACUGUCUCCGCAUCUGUGUACGUGAUGGAUACACGCAGGUAGCACCUGAGCAGGUGUGCAGGCACCUGUGUAUCCAUGUAAAGGCCCUGAAGUGGGAAUGAAUUUAGUGUGAACCGGGCACAGAGACAGGCAGUGUGACUGCCUCAGAGCAGGUGAGGGGGGUGCCAGUCAUUGCUUCAGUAAAAAAAAAAAAAAAAUUGGCGGGGGGGCACCCCAUGGCACACAGAGUUCCCAGGCCAGGGAUCAGAUCUGAGCUGCAGUGGCAACCUAAGCUGUAGUUGUAACCUAAGCCAUAGCUGUGGCAAUGCUGGAUCCUCAAUCUACUGCUGGGCUAGGGCUCGAACCUGCGUCCCAGCACUCCCAGGACUCUGUGGAUCCCAUUGCAACACAGUGGGAACUCCUGCUUCAGUCCAUUUUUACUGAGCACCUGUGAGAACACAACAGGGGCUUCCAUUGCCAGGAGGGAAUAGGCAGUGAACAAGCAGAUAGCCCGCAAAAUAUAUUUGGCCCAAGCCCACCUGCGGCAGCCCAGUGCCUGGCCAUGACCGUCACCUACUCAAGCCAAGUGGCUAAUGCCCGUUUAGGCUCCUUCUCCCGCCUGUUGCUGUGCUGGCGAGGCAGCAUCUACAAGCUGCUCUAUGGCGAGUUCCUCAUCUUCCUGCUCUGCUACUACAUCAUCCGCUUCAUUUACAGGAUGGCCCUCACGGAUGAACAGCAGGUGAUUUUUGAGAAGCUGACUCUGUAUUGCGACAGCUACAUCCAGCUCAUCCCCAUUUCCUUCGUGCUGGGCUUCUACGUGACGCUGGUCGUGACCCGCUGGUGGAACCAGUACGAGAACCUGCCGUGGCCCGACCGCCUCAUGAACCUGGUGUCAUGCUUCGUCGAGGGCAAGGAUGAGCAAGGCCGGCUGCUGCGACGCACGCUCAUGCGCUAUGCCAACCUGGGCAACGUGCUCAUCCUGCGCAGCAUCAGCGCCGCGGUCUACAAGCGCUUUCCAAGUCCCCAGCACCUGGUGAAAGCAGGCUUUAUGACCCCCUCGGAACACAAGCACUUAGAAAAACUGAGCUUGCCACACAACUCAUUCUGGAUGCCCUGGGUGUGGUUUGCCAACCUGUCAACGAAGGCCUGGAUUGGGGGUCGAAUCCGGGACCCUGUCCUGCUCCAGAGUCUGCUCGACGAAAUGAACACCUUGCGUACUCAGUGUGGACACCUGUAUGCCUACGACUGGAUCAGUGUCCCGCUGGUGUACACUCAGGUGGUGACCGUGGCGGUAUACAGCUUCUUCCUGGCUUGUCUGGUUGGGAGGCAGUUUCUGAACCCAGCCAAGGCCUACCCCGGCCACGAGAUGGACCUCGUUGUACCCCUCUUCACGUUCCUGCAGUUCUUCUUCUAUGCCGGCUGGCUGAAGGUGGCAGAGCAGCUCAUCAACCCGUUUGGAGAGGAUGAUGACGACUUUGAGACCAACUGGAUUGUCGACAGGAGCUUGCAGGUGUCCCUGUUGGCUGUAGAUGAGAUGCACCAGGACCUGCCACCCAUGGAGCGAGAUAUGUACUGGAAUGAUCCAGAACCACAUCCCCCCUACACAGCUGCCUCUGCCCAGUCUCGCCGACCCUCCUUUUUCGGCUCCACCUUCAAUAUCAGUCUGGGUAAGGAGGACAUGGAGUUCCAGCCGGAGGAGGAGGAGGAGGCGCACACCGGCAUCCUUGGCCACUUCCUGGGGCUGCAAUCCAGCGACCACCAGCCCCCCAGGACAAACUCAAAGACGAAACUCCUGUGGCCCAAGAAAGAAGGCCAUUUCCACGAGGGCCACCCCAAGAACCUCAGGGGGGCCAGGCUGGACUCUAGCGACCAGGAAGACAGCAAGGCCUGGAGGGAGGGUGGCUUCAAGUCCGCUGCCCUGUGUGGGAGGCCGGGUUACCAAGCGCCCACAGACACCCUCGGCCACACCCCUAUGGUCUUCCCACCCGAAGAGUCAGCGCCCUUAGGUCUUCGCAGAGUCUCGGGCAUAGAUGAGGCUGCCAAAGACCAGAGCCUUCAGCCUGCGACUCCCAGCAUCAAGAAGAGUUUCGAGUUGCUCCCAGAGAGCGCCGAGGCCUCGGCGGAGCCCCUACAAGGGAGUCACGUGAGGAGGAAGACGGUGGAGUUUAACCUGGCCGAUCUGUCGGAGGCCCCCGAACAUCUCAAAGAACCGAAUUUGGAGCCACCGAUGGGCAUACACGCUAUAAUCAAAGACCACCGGGAUCCCUACUGGGCCUUGGAAAACAGGGAUGAAGCACACUCCUAGCCCGUUUCCCAAGGGGGAUGCUUCACCGGCCUGGUCCCACCUGCGUGUACACCAGGACACUGAUCCAGUCAUAGCCAUGUGGCUGUCCACACUGAAGAACACGUUCCUGUCAGCCUGAACCAAACAGCUUCGCAGAGAACAAAAAUCAGUAGUUUCAAGACUGCUUGAAGCUUUAAAAUGCCUUUUGUACAUAUAAAUUUUUAAAGGCAGAACUGCUGGAAACAUGUAACACCAAAUACCUAAUUCAGAACCAGGAGUGCUUAAAAUCCUGUCUGAAUCCAACACACCCAAGCCUUGGUGUCUUUCCCAAACUAAGGAAUUUAAUUAGUAAAUAGAUACAAAUCCUC